CGAAACCGUUCUAUACUGAGUUUCAUACGCAGUCAGACAAGAGGGUCGCUCACUGCGGUAAAAUAAAAUACUAUUAAUAAACGCUCAAGCCGGGAGCAGUUUCUUUCUGAAUUGCCGUAAUUUUUCCUCUAGCAUACCGGAAUAUUAUUUACUACAAGGUGAUUUUUCAACCCAAAGAUGAAUUUUGAGCAGCCCCCUCCAUACCCAGGCAGUGGCCCCACUGCUCCAGGCUACCCAGCCCACGGCAUGCCUCCUCAAGGCUACCCUGCUCAGGGAUAUCCUCCACAGGGUUACCCCGUUAACAUGGAGCAGCCUAAUUCAGCCUACCCCAACUACCCCCCUGGACCAAUGGGCCCUGGAGGUCCUUAUCCUAACCCAGGCCCUUAUCAAGGGUACCCAGGAGAACAGCAGUAUGGCUGGCAGGGAGGACCCCCUCCUGGGCCCAUGUAUGGGGAAGCUCCCAAAAACACAGUGUACGUGGUGGAGGACAGGAGAAGAGACGACACAGCGGACACAUGCCUGACAGCCUGCUGGACAGCUCUGUGUUGCUGUUGUCUCUGGGACAUGCUGACAUAACGUAUUCCCUGAAUGUUCGCUCCCAUUACCCUCUUGUCCCCCAUUUCUGUGCCUCGAGCCCCAUCACCCUGACCCCUAUCUGCCUUACACCUCACACUCCUUUACAACCCCCCCCCCCCCCCCACAAGUCUUAUGCUUGUCUAUAUAUGAAAGCCUUGAUCCCAUGAUGUCUCCUGAAGAAGCCACUUGUUCCUCCUUAAUGUGAAGCCCUCAGCGCUGUCUGACUGACUGACCCUGUGCAGGGGAAACUCUGUAGCAGCUUGUAACUGAGCUUCUAAGCAUAACCUGAAUCUCAGGCUGCUCACUGAAAUCUAACACCGACACCCAGCAUGCACACUCACACCAUCAUGGUUACACAAUAACACACAUGCACGCAGACACACACACACACACACACACACACACACACACACACACACACACACACACACACACACACACACACAGUGUACUUGGAUCUCAGGCUCAUCUAGUGUGAGGCUCUUUGGCACUUUAUGAUGAUUACCUCUGUAAGAUAUUACUCCUGCCUUCCCUCUCAGCCAUCUCGAACCCUCCCUAGCCCCACAUUCAGCUAUGCUACUCCCUGUCGCCAAGGACAACCCCAUGUCCCGGACCCUCGAUUUCUCACACAGGCCACCAAGACCCUGGCUGUUAAAUCAGCCUCAGGGCGCUCUGAAGAAGCUGAUGCUUGAAAUGUAUCCCCUUUCAUUUGCACAGAAGCAGUUUUUGCAGAUGUUUGUCUUCAAGUGAAAUCAUAUAACAAUAAAUGGAAUGCAUUUUUGAUGACGACAGUGAUUUAUGUUUGAUUACUGUUCACAUUCGAUGGCCUCGAUGUUCCUUAUUUUCAUGGUGAUCUUGAUAUGAAAAACGUUAUUCCAAUAUUAUUUUUAUUACAUACCUUCGAGAUAAAACUGAAAAUGUGAAAAAAGAUUGUGAUUGCUUAAAAAAAAACUUGUUAAAUGCCUUUUUUGCUUAAAUGAGAAUCUUGCAUUAAAAUAAUUUAUUCCCAUUA